AAGGAUGUGAGAGAGGGACUUGGAAAAAUCUUUUUGGAGUGUUGCGAUAGCGGUUGGGAAUGGUGGUCUGCUUGAUCUUUGUGGGAAGUGGAUUUAGUAGAGAUAUGAUUGCCGAGCUUUGCAAUGUUAUCGUUUUAUGUGCUAUUUAAUCAGCAGGGCAGAAUAGGAGAGAGAUUCUUCUAGGUACCUGAAUGCGAUGAGAAAGAAGGAGUGGCAUUUGUUCUGCUGGGAUUGAUUUUUAAGGGGUGAGAGCAUUUGUGGACCAGAAUCCCUUGCCAGCGAGCUAAAGCUUCUCUAAUAUUGACUUUCGUGAUGCUGCAGUAGGAUGAAUGGGAACUCUCCCUCGGACAUUUUACUUUAUGCAGAGCAAUGUAAAUGGAAAUCUAGUUGGAUUUCAAGUGGCGUCAUCCAUUGACAGAAACUGCUGUGGAUCUUACAAGGGAAUACCAAUCCUUCACCCUCCGUGUCUCCAUAGAAAGGGAUGGUUAUUUUUGCCCGAUCUUAUGGAUGUUACUACUGGGAACUCCCCUUUCAGUGAAAAGCAAACUGUGGAGCCUUGCAAGGCUUUGGAAGAAGGAAAGGAGGCUGUAGGAAAAGAUGCAAACACAUCUUUGUUUGUCAAUCACGCGGCAGUAGCUUGGCAUGAGAGUAGAAGGAAGUGGGUUGGAGAUCAGACUCAAAGAUCACCAAAAGUGCUCAAGGACGAAAUUAUAAGCUGGUCCACAACUUACGAGGAACUUUUAUCGACUAAUGAACCGUUUUCUGAGCCCAUUCCUCUUCCGGAGAUGGUCGAUUUUUUAGUUGAUAUCUGGCACGACGAAGGCCUCUUUGAUUAGACUGUGGAUCUUUCUCGUCAUUCUGUAACAUGAUGAAGACAAUCGGUAGAGGAAAUACUCGAAUUAAUGGAAUAUUACCGAGGUCAAGGAACUCAAAGAGUGAUUUGUCCACUUGGUUAUUAGAUCAAGCCAUGGAUUUCCCUAGACGACCGUUCCUUCUCGUGGUUCUUUCCUGGCAUUAGUCUGAGAUGCAGGACAUUUAUAGGUUAGUGCUCCAUUCUAACCAUCUAAUUCUGAACGUUUCUGAAGUACACUGGAAUUAUGCCUCAAAUGCCGGUGAAUCACCGUAUGAUGACGGCUUUGUUGUAUCGCACUAGCGGUUGUAAUCGCCUAAAUUUGUACAUGGGAAAUGAAUGAUCUACAUGUUCCUCUUGUCAA